AUGAAUUUGAAAGAUUUACUAAAAUGUAUUUCAAAAGAAAUAUCACCACAAAAUAAUCGUCGAAUCUCAACGACUAUAACACGAAUAACAUCAUCACCUUGCCCAAUAGAAGAAAUGGGUAUUAUAUUAUCCAGUUUUAAUUCAGCAAAUGAAGCAAUUCUAUCAUCAUCAAGUCAUGCUGGUCAAAUUAUUGCAGAUCUUGUUGCACUGAUGACAAAAGAAACCGGUUUAGCUACAGAAUUAAAAUUUUCUUUGCCAAAAAUGAUAGAACGUAAUCAUUUAAAACGCUAUGGUAAAGAGCCCGAACCAACUCUUAUUCUUUGGCUCACUAAUACUGUUAUUACAAAAGCCAGCAAACAGAAAUUACAUAAUAUUGUUGAUCAAGUAGAAAUAUUUGAUAAUGUUGAUGAAUGUAUAGACAAUCUAAUAUCGAUGAAUAACCAGAAAGUGUUUUUAAUCGUGUCUUGUUUACAUAUGAAUAUUAUUCCAUCAAUUUGGCAAAUACCGCAAUUGUUAUGCAUUUAUGUAUUAUGUAAAGAUGCUAUAAAGCAUGAUGGUAAUUAUCAGAAUGUUUACACCAUUUACUACGAUGAGAAUGACUUAAUGAAACAGUUAGACGAUGAUAUUAAAUUACAUUCAAAUGUUGAUAAUACAUUACCAAUGAGGAUUUUAAGUAAAAGUUCAAAUGAAAAAUCAUGUCGUGAUUUAAAUAGUGAUGAAUAUGUAUCAUUUAUAUGGUUUCAGUUGUUAAUUGAAAUAUUAAUACUCAUGCCAGAUACAGAAGAUGCUAAAAAUAGCAUGAUUAACGAGUGUCUGUUAUGUUAUAAAAAUAAUAAUAAUGAAUUAAAUAAAAUUAAUUGUUUUAAAGAAACAUAUUGUUCAGAAAAAACAAUUGAUUGGUAUACAAAAGAUUCAUUUGUCUAUCGUUUAUUAAACACAGCAUUACGCACAGAAAAUAUUGAUAUUAUAUUUAAAUUUCGUUACUUUAUUAAAAAUUUGCAUAAUAAUUUAAUAUCAUUACAAAAAUAUUCUACGCAGAUGUUAUCAUCACCAAAAUUUACUGUUUUUCGUGGUCAACAUUUAUCCAACAGUGAAUUAAAAAUGUUAUUAAGUAAUAUUGGUGGAUUAAUAUCGAUGAAUUCAUUUCUAUCAACAACAUUAAAUCGCAAUUUAGCGUUAACGUUUGCGGGCGAUGGCUCACGUAGCCCUUUACUUGAAUCUGUUUUGUUUCAGCUAGAAUGCAAUACUAUUACCAACAGAAAACCCUUUGCUAGUACGAAUACAAGUGAAAGUGAAAUAUUAUUUUCUAUUGGUGCAAUAUUUCGAAUUGAAAAUAUUGGAAAACUCAAAGAUAAUAAUAAUAUUUGGUUCAUAAAUUUAAUGUCAGUUGAUGAUAACGAAAAUGAGACACAUAUGAAAGAAUUAACUGAUCAUCUUAUGGAAAACAUUAGUCCUAACCCAACAGUUGAAAGUAUAGCGGCAAUUUUAAGUACUAUGGGUGAGUGCCAAAAAGCGCAAAAAUAUUAUGAAAUGGCACUAAAAAAUAUUCCAUCGAAUGAUGUAAGUAAUAUCGCACGUAUUACUACUUGUAUUGGUGAUUGCGAAAAGGAUAGUAAUUUAGCGUUGAAAGCUUAUACAGAUGCACUUCAAUUAGAACAACAAUCGUCAAACCAAAGUAGCAUUGCCAUUGCACAUUUAUAUGAAAGAAUCGGUGUAACAAAUUUCAAAUUAUUUAAUUACGAAGAUGCACUUGGUUUUCAUAAAAAAGCGCUUGAAAUAUAUCACAAUGAAUCAUUAUCACCGGAAGAAUCUUGUUUUGCAUUGGCCUAUUAUAACAUUGGCCGAGUAUAUAAUAAGCUUGAUGAUAAACAAAGCGCAUUAGACAAUUUAGAGAAAUCAAUUGAGAUAUUUUCAAAAUCAUCUCUAUUAGUUGAACCUAAUCUUGCGCUGAUAUAUAAUGAACUAAGUAGUGUUCAUUUAAGCUUGAAAAAUUAUGAUAUAUCCUUAGUAUAUCUAGAAAUAGCUCUUGAUAUUAAUAUGAAAUCACCUUAUUUAACUAAAAAACUAUCAAUAGCACGAAAUUAUUUUGAUAUUGGACUUGUUUUAUAUGAGAAACGUACUGCUGAUGAAAAAUCUUUAGAAACAUUGCAAAAAGCUGCUGAGAGUUAUGGCAAAAUAUUACCGAUAGAUCGUGAAACAUUAGCGCAAAUCCAUGAUAAUAUGGCCAUGAUAUAUUGUCGUCAAAGAGAAUGGAUACGAGCUAUCCAGGCUUACGCAAAAAGUUGUGAAUAUCGUUUUGGGCACAAACGUAAAAAUGAUUUUUAUAUUGUAAAUUCGACUUGCUUGAACUAA